UCCUCAUGUCCGGACAGAGUUCCAUUGCGCACAAAUCAAUCAAAAUUCUUAUCUCUUUUCUUUUGCCGCCAUCAAUGUGAAACCCAGUAAUAAUUCCUCAAUCCAAAACAUUCAAAACAAUUAACAAAAACCCAAAUCAAACUCAUCCAAACGUUGUGAAAAAUGUCGACAAACGAUGAAGAUCCACAAACUAGGGUUUUACACGACCUAUGUUCCAUGAUAUUUAACAUUCUCCGCUGUCCACCUACGAUCACUCUCCCUUCUCCGGCGACAUUCUCGCCGGAAAAUGCAUCAUCUUCCUCAAUUCGCCGCAACACGGCGCAAUACUACCCGGAACAGAUAUCUCCGACGGCGUUUGCGUGCUUGUUCUUGGGGAUUUCGCUGAUUUUGAUGAUACUUGGAUCAGUGGCUUUUCUGAUAGGGUUUAUAUUGAUGCCGUGGAUAAUUGGACUGGUUUUGGUCUUCUACUUUGCUGGAAUUCUCUCCAAUUUGUCAUAUUUUGGACGAUCUUGUCUCUCCUGGGCUUUUUUCCCCCAAGAUGUUCAUGCUUGGAAAUGUUUAUGAGGAUCACAUGGUUUGUCAAAUGUAGAGGGACCGGGUUGCUGAAAAUACAGUGCUGUUUGUCCAUGUAUUGGUGUUGUAAGAUUGUUUUUCUUCUUACUGAAUGCCAAUUGUCUGGCUUCGGAUUCUCACAUUCUUGCUAACUAUACAUAUGCGGUAGCUACUCGCCUGCUCAUUCAGUUAUUUAGUACGUCUAAAGCAGCUUGCAAACCUAAUUCUACUGUAAUGUGCAAUGGUGGCAGUAACUUCUUGGCUAUGUUUAAACAUUCUCAUUCCUUUCAGCUCGGAAAUGCUAAGGAGGAUGACAUGGCUUGUCAAAUGUAGAGAGAAAUUUCUGGUUGCUGAAUUCCGAUUGCUGUAUCUUGUCCACAUAUUAGUGUUGUAAGAUUGUUCCCCUUCUACGAAUGCUAAUAUAUUGGUUUCUGCAUUCUCA